AUGUCUCAUUAUCCGAGUCGCUGUAGUGCAGGCGCCUAUCUAUUUUUCGCAUCAUGCUAUCACUCACUAGCAUCCGCCAUAUCAAAGAAAUGCUGGGCAGCAACAACGGGCCCGAAAUCAGAGGUCGAUCUUUUUGGACACGAGGUCGAGAGCGGAGACAACCUUGGCUUCAAUUCGGACGAGGGAUCCUUCGUCACGUUCAUCAAAGAGGAAUGCGGCAAGCACGAAACGACGCCAGCCACGGCCCACAUGUCCGACGCUCUGCAUUAG